UCGGUUUCUCCUAAAUCAUGAACCUGAUGGUUAUUGCGGACCUCGCCCGAACCAUUUCCAUGGCUUCUUUGAUCUUCUUGAGAUCAAUCAGAAAAACCAAUAAAUUACUACCCUUCACUUACCCCAUUAGCAACAUAAACACCUACUUCUUAUCUUCACUCUGCCACCAAACAGACCCGCCACCGCUACCAUCAUCACAACCGCCGCCAGUAGCUAAGAAAGUGCCAUUCAAAGUCUCAGCUCAUGGGGUUUCUUGGGAAGAUUCGUAUCACUGGAUGUCUAACACCAAUGACCCUGAUUUCCUCAAACACCUUCACCAUGAGAACGCUUAUUCAGAAGCGUUCAUGGCCGAUACCCGAAACCUGCAACAAAAUCUAUUCUCCGAGAUGAUUAGCCGAUUGCCUGGUCAGAUUUCCACUCCACCUGAACGUUGGGGCCCCUGGCUGUAUUAUCAAUAUAUACCAGAGGAAAAAGAAUACCCAAUUUUAUGUCGGAAGUUGGCAAUCGAAAAUACAAAUUGGGUAAAGCGUGUGAUCAAUUAUACAACAAUUAGAUCUUCAAAUGAACAAAUAUUACUUGAUUGGAAUGAAAUUGCAAAAGAACAUGGGUAUGUUCAUGUGGGUACAUGUAGAGUAUCACCUGAUCACAAUUUUCUAGCGUACACCAUUGAUGUAACUGGUGAAGAACACUUUCUUCUUCAAGUUAAGGAUCUUCAAUGUGGGACCCAUAUUCCUUCAUUAAGAGUUGAAAAUGUUGUUAGCUUGGCAUGGGCUCAAGAUAGCCAUACGUUGUUUUAUACACUAUGUGAUCAAAGCCAACGACCUUAUAGGGUACACUACACAACAUUGGGAUCAAAAUUAGAUCAUGAAAGUGAUGUCAUGGUGUAUACAGAAAAUGAUCCGAGCUUUUGUGUAGACAUCACGAGUACAAAAGAUGGAAAAUUCAUAACUGUGAAUUCGAACACAAGGACUUCAUCAGAGGUGUACAUAAUAGAUGCAAAUAACCCACAAGAUGGUUUACAAAAAGUGCAUACUCGUGUUUCUGGUGUACAAUUUUUUUUGGAACAUCAUAAAGGAUUCUUCUAUAUUCUAACAAAUGCAUCUCAAAAGGAGUUAUUUGAUACAAACUAUUACUUGGCUCGAUGCCAUGUUAAGGAUAUACACUUAGCUAAUUGGCAGAAAAUAAUUAUACCAAGUAAAGGUAGUGGAAUACAAGACAUGGAUAUUUUCGAUGAGCAUAUAGUACUUUACCUCAACAAAAAGGAUUCCCCUGUAAUUUGUUCAAUCAAAAUGCCUAUUCAAUCCAAUGAUGAGAAAGAAAUGGGAAUCGAUGAUCUUGAUCCUUGGUAUUUCCCUUUUCCAUCGAACUCAUGUAGUGUUCUUCCAGGGUCAAAUCAUGACUUCAUGAAUUCAGUAUACCGAGUUGUGCUUUCAUCUCCAGUGAUGCCCGAUUUGAUUGUUGACUAUGACAUGUCACGAAGAACUUUCUCUAUUGUUCACCAAGAGAAAGUAUUGGGAAUUUCUUCAAAUGAAGAACACGAAUGGUUGAAUGUUUCAGAAACAUAUUGUUGUGAAAGAAAAGAAGUGAUUUCCCAUGAUGGAACUAUAAUUCCUUUAACAAUCUUGUAUUCACAUAAAGCACAUAAAAGAGGCGAAUCGUGUGGGAUUCUUCAUGGGUAUGGAUCAUAUGGAGAAGUUUUGGACAAAAGUUGGUGUUCUGAAAGAUUGAGUUUACUUGAUCGUGGUUGGGUGGUUGCAUUUGCUGAUGUCAGAGGUGGUGGUGGUGGCGAUGAUGUGUCAUGGCAUAAACGUGGAAGUGGAAUGAACAAAUUGAAUUCAAUAUAUGAUUUUGUUUCAUGUGGAGAAUAUUUAAUAAAAGAGGGGUAUGUUUGUAAAAACCAACUUGGUGCUAUUGGACAUAGUGCUGGAGGUUUUCUUGUUGCUGCAGCCAUUAAUAUGAAUCCAGAGUUAUUCAGAGCUGCCAUUUUAAAGGUUCCAUUUGUCGAUGUGUGCAAUACAUUAUUGGAUCCAAGUUUACCACUUACAUUAUUAGACUAUGAAGAAUUUGGAAAUCCUCAGAAGGAAUUAGAUUUCAAUUUAAUUAUGAAGUAUUCUCCUUAUGAUAAUAUACGAAGAGGAGUCUGCUAUCCUUCAAUGCUUGUGACAUCAUCAUUUCAUGACUCGAGAGUGGGAGUAUGGGAAGGUGUGAAAUACGUGUCGAGAGUAAGAGAAAGGACAUGUGCCAAUUGCUCUCGUUUGGUGAUUCUGAAGACGAAUAUGAGUGGGGGCCACUUUGGUGAAGGAGGGCGUUUUGGUCAUUGUGAGGAAAUGGCGUAUGAUUAUGCUUUCUUGAUGAAGGUUAUGGGUCAAUUUAGUUAAAAUGGAUUGUAAUCGAAAUCAAAUAUAUAUAUAUAUAUAUAUAUAUAUAUAUAUAUAUAUAUAUAUAUAUAUAUAUAUAUAUAUAUAUAUAUAUAUAUAUAAUGAAGUUUCUAGAGAUAUGGAAUCAGGAAACUUGAUUAAUACUUGGAUAGAAAUCACAAGAAUAACCAAUUUUGUAAUUUAGUUGUUUUGAUGAUGAUUAUGAAUGUGAUUAAACAAGAAUUGUGUUUUGGGCAUGGAGGUUGAUUUAUAAAAUGGAAAACACAUAAUUCUAGA